CCUGACAAGGCAACCGCCUUAGACGACGCCGUAUUAGGAGCUCUCCGAAAUCUACUAGCAGUGAAGAGUGCAGUAUCUGGAAGUUGAUUUCCAGAAUACAAGAAGAUCAUCUUUUCAAAUUGAGAAGAAUAAGAAGAAGAACCAUUCUUAAAAGCUUUGCAAGUUUUUCAUAGACAGCAGAUUUCCUUUCGAAUUUUGGUUUCUUUUUUUUUUUUGCGGGAGAGAAUCAGAUUUGAGGUGCUCAAGUUCUGGAGGAGCAUAUAAGUAUUCAAUGUCAUUUUGCAAGCAAAUCAGAGCAAGAAGCUUACAGAAGAUGACAGUUAACGAACUGGGUUACAGACAAAGAGGACUCUAGAAGGGUCAUGUGGUUUUGUUUAAGCAUCAGCUUCACCAGAUAACCAAAAUGAAGAAGUGGUCCGGAGGCUUGUUUAUCAUUGCUCUUGCUAUGAUAUUGGUUUUUCGUUACUGCAGCAUUGUCAAAAUUGAGCCACCAAAGCAGUCGCGGAAGCAGUCGGCUUCUGAUUUCUUCGGAAACCAUCCAACCAAUGAUUCUUUUAUUACGUCGUCAGAGAUAAAAGUGAAAAAAGAAGCAGAAUCAUAUAAGAAACCCCAUUUUAUAGAAGUUGAUGGGCCCAAUGAGCUGUUUUCUUCACAUGACAUCUUCAAAGAAGGGUCAAGGGCCUUGCUUGUAUGGCCUCACAUGCGUCCCCUACUGUCAAGGUCUGAUGCUUUGCCUGAAACUGCUCAAGGGGUUAAAGAGGCCUCCAUGGCGUGGAAAGACUUGUUGUCUGCAAUUGACAAGGACAAGGCUUCCAAAUUAAGCAAAAGUGACCGCCAAGAAGAUAAAAAUUGCCCUUUCUCUGUAAGUACACUUGAUAAGAUAGUGUCAAGAGACGGGGUUAUUCUUGAAAUCCCUUGUGGCCUCGUUGACGAUUCCUCCAUUUCUUUGGUUGGCAUUCCUGAUGGGCACUCUAGAAGCUUUCAAAUUCAACUUCUAGGCUCCCAACUUGCUGGAGAGCCUGAGCCUCCUAUUAUCUUGCAUUACAAUGUCAGUCUCCCGGGUGAUAACAUGACAGAGGAGCCAUUUGUAGUUCAAAAUAUUUGGACUCAUGAACUUGGGUGGGGCAAAGAGGAAAGAUGUCCUUCUCACGGGUCUGCUAACAACCUGAAAGUUGAUGGACUUGUUCUUUGCAAUGAACAAGCUGUCAGAAGCUCCUUGGAAGAAAAUCUAAAUAUGAGUCAGCCCAGUAGUGAAAUGUUGACCAAUGUUUCCAGGGGAGGUGCCUAUGGAAGUGCUAAUUUCCCAUUCGUUGAAGGGAAUCCCUUUACUGCUACAUUGUGGGUUGGUUUAGAGGGAUUUCACAUGACUGUGAAUGGAAGGCAUGAAACAUCUUUUGCAUAUAGGGAGAAACUUGAGCCAUGGUCAGUUACCAAAGUCAAAGUGGCUGGUGGUUUGGACCUCUUAUCUGCCUUAGCUAAAGGCUUGCCUGUUUCUGAGGAUCAUGAUUUAGUUGUUGAUGUUGAGCACCUCAAAGCUCCUGCGACUUUGAAGAAAAGACUAUUGAUGUUGGUUGGAGUGUUCUCUACUGGAAAUAAUUUUGAGCGUAGAAUGGCAUUGAGGAGGGCUUGGAUGCAAUAUGAGGCUGUACGUUCUGGGGAUGUGGCUGUCCGGUUUUUCAUUGGCCUUCACAAGAACAGUCAAGUCAAUAUUGAGCUGUGGCGAGAAGCUGAAGCAUAUGGAGAUAUCCAACUGAUGCCAUUUGUUGAUUACUACAGCCUGAUCAGUUUGAAAACAAUUGCAAUUUGUAUUUUUGGAACCAAGAUCCUCCCUGCUAAAUAUAUCAUGAAAACAGAUGAUGAUGCUUUUGUUAGAAUUGAUGAGGUGAUCUCUAGCCUCAAGGGAAGGGCAACGAAUGGUCUCUUGUAUGGUCUUAUAGCCUUUGAAUCAGCGCCUGAUAGGGAGAAAGGCAGCAAGUGGUAUAUUGAUAACAAGGAAUGGCCUCAUGCUUUGUACCCACCAUGGGCCCAUGGUCCAGGUUACAUUAUCUCUCGGGACAUUGCCAAAUUCAUUGUCCGCGGCCACCAGGAAAGCAACCUCAAGCUUUUUAAACUAGAGGAUGUUGCAAUGGGCAUUUGGAUCGAACAAUUCAAGAACAGCGGUCAUGAAGUGAAUUAUGUCACGGAUGAUAGGUUUUACAGUGCCGGAUGUGAAUCAAAUUACAUUCUCGCUCAUUACCAAAGUCCAAGGUUGGUGUUGUGCCUUUGGGAGAAGCUGCAGAAAGAGCACGAACCGGUCUGCUGUGAGUAAAUGCCAACCAUGCAAUGCGAGCCUUUUUGUGAGAUCAACUCUUCUAUGUAACAACCAAAGCUGAAAGCUUUAGGAUAUGAGAAUUCAACUGCAUGUCAAGCAGAUUCAAAUACCAAAACUCAAAAUUUUACUCUUUUGUGGGGUUUUCUUGGCAACAUCAGAUAAAAUUAUAACUGUACAGGUAUAUU